AUGCGGGCACCGUUCUUCUGGAAUUUGCUCUUCGCCGGAGCGCUCGCGGCUCCGCAAGCUGCCUCGUCAACGUCUUCUGCAGCGGCGUCUGUUUGCACCGGCAAUACUGCAAGUGACAGAUCUACCUGGUGCGACUACGACAUCCAAACCGACUGGUACUCUGAAGUCCCAGAUACGGGGGUGACUGUCGAAUACUGGUUUGACAUUACCAACACGACUGUAUCACCCGAUGGCGUUGAGCGCAUGGCUUUGGCAGUGAAUGGGUCUAUUCCCGGUCCAACCAUUGAGGCAAAUUGGGGAGAUACCGUCAUUGUACAUGUCAUGAACAGCAUGCAGAAUAAUGGGACUGGCAUCCAUUGGCAUGGCAUCCGUCAGAAUUGGACGAAUUGGAUGGACGGUGUCCCAAGUAUUACUCAAUGUCCUAUUGCGCCGGGAGACUCCAUGACUUAUACUUGGCGCGCAACCUCAUAUGGUUCCAGCUGGUAUCACUCUCAUUUUUCGCUCCAAGCCUGGAACGGGGUUUUUGGCCCUAUGGUCAUUCAUGGGCCAGCUUCUGCCAACUACGACGAGGACAUGGGCCCGGUGUUGCUUAGUGACUGGUCACAUCGGACGUCGGAUGAGUUGUACCAAUACGCACAAACCCAAGGCCCUCCGGAUCUCGACAACGCCCUGAUUAACGGUCUCAAUGUCUACAACGAUUCAGGGAACAUCCUCGGCUCCCGCUGGGAAACGAGCGUGACGUCCGGAAGCUCGUACCGUCUGCGGCUCGUCAACACGGCCAUCGACACGCACUUCAAGUUCAUGAUCGACAACCACACCCUCACCGUCAUCGCCAUGGACUUCGUCCCCAUCGAGCCGUACCAGACCGAGUACCUUGACAUCAACAUGGGCCAGCGCUACGACGUCGUCAUCACCGCGGACCAAGAGGAGAAGGACUACUGGAUCCGCGCCAUCCCGCAGGCGGCCUGCUCGUCCAACGCAAACGUCGACAACAUCCGCGCCAUCCUCCGCUACGACAGCAGCAGCACCGCCGAACCCACCACCGCCGCGUACACGGACUUCGUCGACGAGUGCGUCGACGAGCCGUACGCGUCGCUCGUCCCGGCGCUGGUGCAGAAUCCCACGUCGUCAAUGGUCGCGUCGGACAGCACCGACAUGCCCGUUACCGUCGGCGUGCUGAACAACCUGUUCAAGUGGUACAUCAGUGCCAAGACCAUGGCCGUCGAGUGGGGCAGUCCGACGACCAUGUCCGUGUACAACGGCAAGACGGAUUGGACCGACAACGACCACAUCGUCGAGCUGACUGCUGCGAACGAGUGGGUGUACUUUGUCAUCGAGACGGCGCAGGGUGUGCCGCAUCCGUUCCAUCUGCACGGUCACGACUUCUGGAUCCUGGCGGCCGGCACAGGCACAUACUCGGAAUCGGUGACGCUCAACACGGCCAACCCGCCGCGUAGAGACGUUGCAACCUUGCCCGCCAGCGGCUACAUUGUCAUCUCGUUCUACACCGACAACCCCGGUGCUUGGCUCAUGCAUUGCCACAUCGGCUGGCAUACGUCCGAGGGUCUGGCGAUGCAGUUCCUGGAGCGCGCGAGCGAGAUGGAGGCGGUGAUGAGCGCGUCGACCAUGUCGGAUACUUGCACCGCUUGGGAUACGUAUGCGUCUGCGAAUGGGGUUGAAGAGGAGGACUCGGGGGUGUGA